AUGACUUCAAACCAAGAAGACCACAUUCUAAUACAUGAGAGUAGAAACACCAAAUAUAAUCAGUUGAAUGUUGAUCAGAAGAGAACUUACAUUCAGAAGGUCAUUGAUAGUGAUAUAAAGAGGAAAAGAAAUGAUUUUGCUGGCAGUAGUACCAAUAGCAAGGGAAAAUGUAAGAAUGGUUUGUUUUGUGGAGCGCAACAGCGAGAAUAUGAGCAUGGAGGUCAAUUACACAUGAACCGGUAUGUUCUUUAUUACAUAAACUACGGACUCCAAAGUCUUGUUUAUUUUGUGGAGCAAAAAAUACAAACCCAAGAGGCAAUUGAGUUUCGAAGACAAACCAGAAAGUAUAAUAGCAUUUUCUCAUUCACAUCAUUUGGGGCAAGGUUUGAUAGAGAACUUGCAUCAAACAGAAAGGGUAUUUUCACAUUUAGAGCACAAGGACAAAUAUAUCAUAAUCUCCCCUCUCUUAUUCCAGAAGAAAACAAGCCUUCCUACUUUCAACUUUACUUCUACGAUACGGAGAAUGAGUUGCAAAAUCGAAUGGGAAUAUUAGAUAAUGCAAACAUGAGUACAACUACAACUAAAAGACUGAUGGAUAUAUUAGAAGGAAACCCAUAUGCAAGAUUUCUGUGGAAACUAAAUGAUUUUCCAUCUCUUGAAGACUUCAAGAUCAUUAUAAAUAGAGAUGCUGCAGUAGAUCAACGUGUUUACAACUUGCCAAUAGUGGAUCAGGUUGCAGCUAUCUGGAUAGAGGGAAAUAAUUAUAAUGUUCCGUAUGAGAGAGAAAUAGUUGUCCAUUCACACUCCGACAAGAAUCAUCAAGUUAAGCACUAUUUUGGAUGUUAUGAUCCUUUACAGUAUCAUUUACUCUUUCCAGGCGGAGAUGUUGGAUGGCACCAAAAUAUUAAAAGAAGGGAUAAAAAUGAUAUUUGCCGGUCAAAACAAGUAAAUACAACAUCUCAAGUAACUCAGCAAACUUUUACAUCUGCAGAAGACAUAUUUAAACGAGAAAGGGAAGGUGUUAAAGCACCAAAGGCGGGAAGCGUCUCAUGUCGAGAAUAUUAUUGUUACAAGCUCCAGAUAAGAGACACUCGACAAUCUAUUGUAUUAACAUCGGCAGGCCGGUUGUUCCAUCAAUAUGCUGUUGAUAUGUACAUAAAGCUUGAAACAACAAGACUUGAUUAUUUUAGAAAGAAACAAUCAGAAAUCAGAGCAGAGUUAUUCCAAGGCAUAGUUGAUAGUGUAGCUGCUGGAGAAGCAAAAGCAAGUCAAGUCGGAAAAAGAAUAGUGCUGCCAUCAUCAUUUAUUGGUGGUCCUAGAGAUAUGCGUCGUAGAUAUCUUGAUGCAAUGUCAUUAGUACAACGAUUUGGAAAACCAGAUAUUUUCAUCACAAUGACAUGCAAUCCUGAAUGGGAAGAAAUCACGGAGGAGCUACAUUCAGGACAGACACAUAAUGAUAGACCGGAUCUAACCUCAAGGAUAUUUAGAGGAAAAUUGCAAGACCUGAAAGAUCAGCUAUUUAAAAAGGAAUCUUUGGAAAAGUUGCUACCCAUGUUCAUGUCAUUGAGUUUCAAAAAAGAGGGUUGCCUCAUGCACACAUGUUAA